GUCCGAGCGGGUCGGCAGAGCUGGGCGGUAGGCGGCGGCUGCAGAGGCAGCGGCCGCAGCAGCGGCUACCAGCUGGGCCUGUGCUAUUCCCGCCCCCAGGCUGCAGGCCGUGGGAUGGGCAGGGGCAGCUGCAUGGCGGCGGAACCAGGCCCAGGCAUCACUGGGGAAACCUUUAGUGGGGAAAGACAAACUGAGACGCAACCUGCUGGGAGCCGCUAGACCCUCCUCUCCGGAGUGGAGGAGGGAGGAUCCUUCCUUGCCUCAGCCUCUCUUUUGGAGGUUCCGAACUCGCCGGCUGGGAGCCGCAGCACACUCCAGGCAGCUGGACAAACCCCCGCACCCGGAUGCGCUGCGCCAUGCCGGAGGGUUGAGCGUCGCGUUCGCUGCUCUCUGGGACACAGCAGGACCUCGUCCCGCUUUGUGUGGGGACUGCGCGCCAGGGCCGAGCCCGGGCCGCUGACCAUGGUGCUGCCGCCUCCCGACCGGCGCCACGUGUGCCUGACCACGCUGGUGAUCAUGGGCAGUAUGGCAGUCAUGGACGCAUACCUGGUGGAGCAGAAUCAGGGCCCGCGCAAGAUCGGCGUGUGCAUAAUUGUGUUGGUAGGCGAUGUGUGCUUCCUGUUGGUGCUGCGCUACGUGGCCGUGUGGGUGGGUGCCGAGGUGCGCACGGCCAAGCGUGGCUACGCUAUGAUCCUCUGGUUCCUCUAUAUCUUCGUGCUGGAGAUCAAACUCUAUUUCAUCUUUCAGAACUAUAAGGCGGCGCGGCGUGGAGCGGCCGACCCGGUGGCUCGCAAGGCACUGACACUGCUGCUGUCAGUGUGCGUGCCGGGCCUGUUCUUGUUGCUUGUGGCACUAGAUCGCAUGGAGUAUGUGCGUACCUUCCGAAAGCGCGAGGACCUUCGUGGCCGCCUUUUCUGGGUGGCUUUAGAUUUGCUGGAUCUGCUGGACAUGCAGGCCAACCUCUGGGAGCCACCGCGCACCGGGCUGCCGCUGUGGGCCGAAGGCCUCACCUUUUUCUAUUGCUACAUGCUGCUGCUGGUGCUGCCCUGCGUGGCACUCAGCGAGGUCAGCAUGCAAGGGGAGCACAUUGCACCACAGAAGAUGAUGUUGUACCCGGUGCUCAGCCUCGCCACUGUCAACGUGGUGGCCGUGCUAGCCCGUGCCGCCAACAUGGCACUCUUCCGAGAUAGCCGAGUCUCAGCCAUCUUCGUGGGCAAGAACGUGGUGGCACUGGCCACCAAGGCCUGCACGUUCCUUGAGUACCGUCGCCAGGUUCGCGACUUUCCACCACCUGCGCUUGCGCUUGAGCUGCAGCCACCUCCUUCCCAGCGCAACUCGGUGCCGCCGCCUCCACCACUGCAUGGUCCUCCAGUGCGUCCUCACGGACCCUCACCCACUCGUGAUGCGUUGGACACGUGACAGGGCCCCGUGGGCCGCACAGACGCUGGACUAGCUGCGCGCGGUUUGCAUGGGAUGGGAUGGGGCAGGCUCCCAUUAGGGACAGGUGCUGUGGGUACCUGUGCAGUGAGUGCCUGGGGUUCCGGGCGGGGCGUGUCUGCUUCUUCAUCUCAGGAAUCUCUCGGACCACGGACCCUCAGCUUCCACUCCACUGGCUCACCUCGAUGCACAGGGCAGUUGGUGAGGCCUGGUCCCGAGUGGAGAUAGAUGCCUCAACCCCUGCUGGGCUGCCAGGGUGGGAAGGGAGGGCAAUGUUCCAGGAGAUCUGGACUUAUGGUAGGGGCCCCUGGCUCGGAGUUUGGGGCCAGGGAGGCCUCUGUCAUUUUAAAGACUUGUGUUUACAGUUUUGUACCCAAAGCCUGGCUGUUCUUCCUGUUUCACGAGUCCCCUGCCUAACAACUGGGCAGAGUGGCAAGGACUGGUGAGUGUUGGGUACCACUGGGCAGCCAGGUACUUCUGAAGCAAACAGGUAUUUCUGGGGUCUCUUCAGGUGAUUCUCAGUUGUUCCUGGGUGGGGUCCAUUGUGGCCCUUUGUCAGAGACACUCUUCUCCCACCUCAGUGCACCUGCCCCUGUAGACUGCUCUCACUGAGGUAUCCUGACCUCCCUCUCCCCUAUCCCUCAGUCUCUACAGUUGUCCAGGCCUCAUGUCCCUGGCCUUCCCAACUCAGGUUCAGAAGUGUCCUAUACUUCUUCUCUUCCUGUACAAACUCUCUCUGCCUGUGGGUGACUUGGGCUCAUGACUGCCAGUAUCAAACGGGAUCAGGUGCCAGCUUUGUUCCUAAGUUGAAGCUGCGUGCAGCCUCAGCCAGAAGAGCGGUCUGGCCUCAUGUCACCCCAGCCUGGCCCUGCCCCAGACACUGGCCAGUCCCGCAGUGCCCUGACCAAGUGCACAGACCUUGACCGUCUGUCUGCCGGCGGUCUCUCCCUGACCUCCACCCUGAACCUGUGGUGACUGAAUUCACUAGGCCUAGGACAGUCUCAUUGUGGCAUCUAGAGAGGGGUCUUCAGCGAGGGUGUUUGAUGGUUACAUAUCUUUCAGGCCUGGCACCUGCAGCACAAUGCAAACCCAUGACCUGCCAGGCCCGUGUUCACUGCAUUGCCCAGUGCUCAUAUGUGCAUCCUUGUGAUCCAGAGCAGGGGGUCUGCUGUCCAGUCUGACCUGUUGUAGAGGGGCAUGGAUCCAGCUGUGCAUGGUAGGAUACCUCCAUCCCUGUGCCCACCUCUGGAUGCACUGACUGUGCCCACCUGUGCCCACCUCCGGAUGUCCCUUCUCUACCCAGUUGCUUCUCUGAGUCUGGAUUUUGAGAGUCACCUGUUUUGCAAGCGGCUGUCCUUGGAGACAGCUCUUCAGGGGCACAGGGAGGACCCAUGGCUAUACCCCUCACCUGGUGAAGUGUGGCCAGUUCCUCUCUUUUUGCCUUCCAUACUGGGCCUUGUCCCCACCUCUGACUACAUCCCCGCAGUGCCUGAUGAGCACCCUGAAGACCUUGGCUCUGGGUUCCACACUCCCACGACACUGCAACCCACGUGCAAGCUUAGAGAGUGGAGGCCUACGGUAUAGAGAGCGACCUGUAAGCACACAUGGCCAGCCUGCAAGAGUUCCUCAGUUAGUGGGCAGACCCUGGCUGUCUUUGGCUCUGUGCCGUCUUGGAUGGGGAGCACAAUAGAUGAGGCCCAAGAGGUGAGCUGUAAAUCUGGGUGUCUGGGCUGUUGUCUGUGUCCUUCCCUUGCUGAAGCCAGAGCCAUCCUGUCUGUCUGGUCUCUGUGUUUCCAUUUACAUCAACCUACAUCUAGCUAUCCUUUCCCUAACUUCUCGAGGUGGCUUGUGGAGGGGGUAGCUAGGGGUCCCCUUGUGCUCCUUAAUUCAUUCUUGGUUAAUAAAUCCUGGUGCUAGGUGACUGA